GUAGUUAAGGUUCCUCACUCAGUAACGGCUAUUAUGGAAUAUAGAGGACAUCAUUGGUUCACAAAUAGCCGUAUGUUAAAAUAUCAAACCUUAUUAUGUGAAAACCCUCGAAUCAAGUUACAGGUUUGCAGUACAUUAAAUCCUGCUUCACUCCUGCCUAUUGAAGGAGAAUUGCUUCAACAUAAUUGUUUGGAAACUAUGGAUGAGAUAUAUUCCAGUAGGCCUGACCUAAAAGAUCAACCUUGGCCUAAGGCGGAUGCCACUCUUUUUACAGAUGGAAGCAGUUUUGUUGAAAAUGGACAAAGGUAUGCUGGAUAUGCUGUAGUAACUGCAACCACUGUAUGGGAGGCAGAACCACUUCCUCUAAACACAUCAGCUCAAAAGGCAGAACUGAUAGCCCUAAUUAGAGCUCUUGAAUUGUCAGAAGGAAAAACAGUCAACAUUUAUACAGAUUCAAAAUAUGCAUUUACUACUCUGCAUGCACAUGGAGCUUUAUAUAAAGAAAAGGGACUGUUAAAUUCUGCUGGGAAAGAAAUACGACAUAGUGAGACCAUUCUGAGAUUGCUAGAUGCUGUCUGGAUUCCUGCUAAAGUAGCAGUGAUGCAUUGUAAAGGACAUCAAUAUGGCGAGGAUCCUGUGACCUUUGGAAACUGGUAUGCUGACACUACCGCAAAGGCCGCGGCCCGAAAGGGACGAGGACAAGAGCCGGUCAUGGCCCCUUUGCAGCUGUCAAAGUGGAAGGAAUCAAAGCCUGGAUCCAUUACACCAGAAUAAAAAAGGCACCACCUGAGUGGACUGCGACUCCUGAGCAAAAAGAUCCCCUGAGACUUCAUACCGUCAAACCAACAGCGCCAUGAGACCCAGAAAGAGGACUACGGCUCUGGUUUUGACCACAUACCUGGAAGCUGGUCAAAUAAAUCAGACAGAAGAUUGAGGAGCACUGUGGAAGUGCCAACGUGUAUGGGACAUUCUUCAAUAAUUGUGAUAAAUGAUUUUGUUUGAUUAUGUUAAAAUUGUUGUUGUUCUUUUCUUGCUUUAAAAUAAGGAUCUGACAUCCUGAGUUUGCGAUGCUACUGUGGAACAUUCGCUCGCAAAAAGGGGGGAAUGUGGUGGCCAUAAGGAGAAAAAUAAAAUAAUUAUAAUUUAAAA